AUCUGAGUCAUUAAUUACACAAACAAAACUUGAGAGUUAAAAUUUUUUCAAAUUGGACCUCAGUUACACGCCUGGCUAAUAUUGCUAGAAAUAGAAAAUUGUGAUUAUUUCUGAUCAUAAUCACACCUCGGCAGUUGGUUGUGCCCGUGGGCCUGGGCGGCGGGCUUGACUGGCAGUGGUGGGGCUCGGCGGCACUAGUGGGCCUGGCUAGAAAUGGACGGCAGGAGCGGGCCCGGGUGGGAGAGGCGCACAGCGGGCGUUGACGCCGCAAGCGUUGGUCGGGGGAAGCGUACGGCGGGAGCGGAAAUACGGCCGGAAUGGCAGAGGUGUGCCCGGAUGGCGCGAGCGCGCGGCCUGGCGUCAGCAUGUUAGUUUGUUUCCACAUGUGCUUGCGUGUGUGCGACAGACACACACCCUUGGCAACACAAAGAGUGCUUGUGUGUGUGCGCAGCCCAAAAUUUACAAGACUUCGGUUUUCUUCAGCUUGUUGUUUUUUUUUUUUUGCUUGCAUCAUCAGCGAGACGCGCGGGGAGACUCUCGCCGCAUUGACCUUUGGUUUACGGCACUGGCGAGCCGCGCCGGGAGACGGCCACGGAGGAGGGCGGCGGCGGGAGUGGGCGUGUCCUGACGGGGCGUUUAUGUUGGAGCGGAGCCCCAGCGGCUCACUGCUUUCAAUUCGAUCCUCUGCAAGGCAAGAACGCUCGCUCGCUCGCUCCCAUCGGAGAGCAGCAGAGACGCACGCCGUGCAAGAACCGCGACCUUUGGAACCAGACUUUCUCCUAUCGGAACCAGACUUUUGCCUUUUGGAACCGGACCUUCUUCUUUUGGAACCAGUCUUUCUUCUUCUUAACCAGAUCUCCUUCUUUGGAGCCAGACCUUCUCCUUUGGAACUAGAAUUUCUCUUCUGGAACAAACCUUCUUCUUCGAAACCAGACUUUCUCUUUUGGAUCUAGACCUUCUUCUUCAUCUACUUCUCAUCCUGCUUCUUGUUCUUGUUCUCGUGCUGCUUCGGACCCAGACCCCGUCCUCUUCCUCCUCUUUCUUCUCGUUCGGACGAUGCCGAUCCCGCCAAACACGAACUGAGGAGCCCCAAAAGUCAUCAUGCCGCGUCUGACGCUCGUCCGCUUGCUGUCGUCCGUGGUCGUUUUCUUCUCCGUUGCGGCCGACGGGCAGUCGGCGGGCGCGGCGGCGGGUCUCGGGGCGGACGGGGUGCGGGUGAUGUUCACGCCGACCAUCUGCAAGGUGCGCUGCGACCAGCGGCGUUGUGUAAAUCACUGCGAGCGCGGCAACGUGACCACCCUGUUCAGCGGCCCGGCGGCGGGACGGCGGGACGGCGACAGAUUCAGAGUGUUUGUGUGUCGUCUGCUGUGUAAGAACGGAGGUGUGUGUCUGCUGAAGGAUCGAUGCCUGUGCCCCUCCAACUUUACCGGAAAGUUCUGCCAGAUCCCCGUCUUGUCUCAGCCCUCCUCGCGAGCCACGCCCUCCUCGUCGGCGCCCAAUGAGAUCGUCAAGCCUCCCCGCCUGUCCGACAUAGCGGCCAAUGCGGAUCUGACCCGGUCUGAGUUUCUGCUGCCGCUGCGGGGUCAAAACCAGGACUUACCAGGGGCUAACUCUGUGUUCCCAGGAAGCCUUGGAGCAUCCCUGGUGAAGGUGAGCAUUCAGCACCCCCCCGAGGCCAGCGUGAAGGUUCACCAGGUGAUGAAGGUGUCGGGAUUCGUGCCCGCGCCGCGGCCGCUGUCGUCCGGCACGCUGUCCGGGUCCGCGGGGGCUCCGGCGCCGGUGCUCCGAGGCGACGGCGUUUAUGCCCAACAUGCCGGCUUCAAGUACUGCUUCAGGGAGGUCAAAGACGGACAGUGCAGUUCUCCUCUGUCGGGCCUGAGGAGCAAAGAGAUGUGCUGCCGAGGUCUGGGAAAGGCGUGGGGCUCCGCCGACUGUGCCCUUUGCCCUCCUUACCCAGCAGGUCCAAACAACAACAGCUGUCCCGUUGGCUUUCAACCAGGCAACGGAACAAAAUGCCUCGAUGUGAACGAGUGCCUGCAGCCUGGCCUUUGUGAGAACGGCCUGUGUGUGAACACGCCGGGGAGCUUUAGUUGCGUUUGCAAGCACGGCUUCAUCCUGGAUGCCUCGCACGGACUCUGCAUCUCCCAGAGCGUGAUAUCAGAGGAGAAGGGUCAGUGCCACCGGGCCCUGGGUUCGGGUCUGGGCCCGUCCUCCUGCUCGCUGCCCAUCCUCAGGAACAUCACCAAGCAGAUCUGCUGCUGCAGUCGGGUUGGCAAGGCCUGGGGACCCCAAUGCCAGCGAUGCCCCUACUUCGGCUCGGUGGAUUUCAAGGAGAUCUGUCCUGCCGGUCCGGGCUACCAUUACUCCGCCUCCACCCUGCAGUUCAACCAGAGAGCUUCUGAUCAACUUGACACCCAAGGAGCUAAGCUGGUAACCAACGGCGACAAGCACCAUCAGGAUACUACUACUAUAGAUGCUACUUCUUAUGGCGCCACCAGGUUUCAGCAGAAACCCUCCGCCAGCUUACCCAGUCUGCCUCCACCUCGCCUGGCUGUCAGCCCGCCACCGUCGAGACCUGUUAACCCUGGCAACACUAACGGGCAUGAACCUCAAACUCCAGACAGGACCGCAUUCCAACCAAACCGCCCCAGACCAACCACGUAUUCUGUCAGACUGCCACCACAAUCCAGCGGUAGUCAAGGGAUCAGUCACGACCGAGGAAACUUUGGGACUCAGGACACAAGUCAGAACCAAGCCACUAGCAGGAGCCAGGGCACCAGGCAUCACCAAGGCAUCAUCAGGAACCAAAGCUCAAGUCAGAACCAAAACACUAGCAGAAGUCAAAGCUCAAGUCAGAAACAAGACACUAGCAGGAGCCAAGGCACCAACCAGAACCAAGGCACCAACCAGAACCAAGGCACUAGCCGGAACCCAGGCACUAUUGGGAGUCAAGAUACUACCAGGAACCAAGGAACCAGUCAAAACCUAGGCACCAGCCAGAACCAAGGUAAUGCCAAGAGCCAGGGCUCAAGUCAGAACCAAGACACUAGCAGGAAUCAAGGCACCAGCCAGAUCCAAGGCACCUCCAGGAACCAAGGCUCAAUUCAGAACCAAGGAACCAGCAGGAACCAAAGCUCUGGUGACAGACAAGACAGUACCAGGAACCAAGGCACGAGCCAGAACCAAUAUACUAGCAGGAAUCAAGGCACCAGCCAGAACCUAACCCUGACCAGAAACCAAGGCUCAAGUCAGAACCAACGCACUACCCAGAACCAAGACACUGUCAGAAACCAAGGAACGAGUCAGAACCAAGGGAUUAGCAGAAACCAAAUCCCCAGUGGGAGUCAGGUUAACAGUGGGAGCCAAGUCAAAAGAGUUGAUCAAGGUACCAGAAGCAGCCAAAUCUCCAGUGGAAGUCAAGGCACCGAUCAAAACCAAGGUUACAGUCAGAACCAAGGUAACAAUCAGAAUCAAGGCAGUGGCAGAAGCCAAGUCACCAACCAGAACCAAGGCUCCAGCAGGAACCAAGGGAGAGGUAGGAGUGAAGGUUCUACUUGGAACCAAGAAAGAAGCGGGACCAGCCAAACCCAAGGCACAGAUGAGAGUCGAGGUCUUCUGCCAGGAAGAGGAGACUCCUUCCCAGAACCGGCGACAGGGAUCCCCGAGCGAGAUUCGAGGCCCGGCGGAGAUCUCCCACCUCCCAAGAGGCCGCAGACUACCACACGGCCACCUCGAGUCCAGCAUGUGAACGAGUGUGUUGCGUCUCGAGGUGUGUGUGCUCCAGGUGAAUGUGUGAACAGUGCAGGCAGCUACCGUUGUAUUUGUCCACCCGGAUACAAGACUAACCCUCGGAAGACCAGCUGUGAAGACGUAGAUGAGUGUGAGGAUCCACUGCUGUGUCCCGUUCAGGAAUGCGUCAACAGUCCUGGGUCGUAUCGCUGCGUCUCCUGUCAGCCCGGAUUCGGACUUCUGAAUGGACUGUGCACAGACAUCAACGAGUGUGUUCAAGCGCCGUGCUCCAACGGGGACUGUGAAAACACAUCCGGAAGCUUCCGAUGUCUCUGUCGCCAUGGUUACAAGCUCAAAAACAACACCUGUGCAGACGUGAAUGAGUGUGCGGAUCCGUCUCAGUGUCCCGGUCGGAUGUGUGUCAACUCUGUGGGCUCGUAUCGUUGUGUGUCCUGUCGCCCGGGAUACAUGCUUACCGACAAACAUUGCAUAGAUCUGAACGAGUGUGAGGAUGGCGCAGUGUGUCCUGGCGGGCAGUGUGUCAACACUAAGGGCUCCUACAAGUGUGUGGACUGUCGCCAAGGUUACCGAGCCGUGAAUGGAGUGUGUGAAGACGUGGACGAGUGUGGAAGUACGUCCGCGUGCGAGUCUGCGCGCGUGUGCGUCAACACCGUCGGCUCGUUCCGGUGCGACUGUCUACCGGGGUAUCGAACCUUUGGCCGGGGGCGACCGUGCAGAGAUAUUAACGAGUGCUUGGAGGAGAACUGGUGCCCCGCCACAGGAGAGUGCGUCAACACACCGGGAUCGUACAAGUGUGUGUGUCCUCAAGGAUACACGCUCGGCGACGACGACGACAACAAGACGUGUGUCGACGUGAACGAGUGCGCGAGGUCCAACGUGUGCGCGGACGGCGACUGUGUCAACACCGAAGGAUCCUUCACGUGCAGAUGUCGGCGUGGAUUCACCAACAACCCGGAGAGCAACGCCUGCCUCGACGUGGACGAGUGCGUGUCGUCCGGCGGUUCCGUUUGCCGAGAAUCCGAGCGGUGCGAGAACACCGUCGGCUCGUACCGCUGCCUCACUUCCUGCCGGCCGGGAUACCGGGCCUCGGCCGCCGGACGCUGCGACGACGUGGACGAGUGCGAGAACGGAUCGGUGUGCGGCCGGCACGCCGUCUGUCAGAACCUCAUCGGAACGUACGCGUGCGUGUGCGACCGAGGCUUCGCCUCCGCACCGGAUGGGAACUUCUGUGUGGACGAGGACGAGUGCGUGUCCAUGCCGGGUGCGUGCGGUUCCGCUCGCUGCCACAACCUGGACGGAUCGUUCGUGUGCGAGUGCGACACGCCGGGAGAACACUUUCACACGGACACGAGGCGGUGUGUGAGCGCACUCGCGCCAGCAGAGACUUCCCCCAUCCGGUCUCCGUCGUCGUCCUCCUUCCACGCGGGCGCCUUGGCGGUGCCGCCGCCGCCGCCCCUCCCGGCACCCCGUCCCGGCGAGCUCAGGGACUGCUACUACAACCUGGACUCCUCGUGUAGUCUCCUGGCUGCCAACAGCAGCCGGCAGGAGUGCUGCUGCACGCUGGGCGAGGGCUGGGGCCUGGGCUGCGUCUACCAGGCCUGCCCCCCCGCCCACGAAGCCGAGUUCCUGUCGCUGUGUCCCAGCGGGAGAGGAUACGUGACCGCCGCGGCGGCGACCUUCAGCUACACAGAUGUGGACGAGUGUAAGCGCUUCCAUCCUCAGGUGUGCAAGAACGGCGUUUGCGUCAACAUCAUUCCGGGAUAUCACUGUUACUGCUCCAGCGGGUUCGUUUACAGCGCCGAGCUGCUCGAGUGUGUCGACGUGGACGAGUGCGAGCUGGAGAGCUGCGCCGGAGGCUUGUGCGUCAACACGGCGGGUUCGUAUUAUUGCAGCUGCCCGCCGCCUCUCGUGCUGGACCAGACGCAGCGAAACUGCGUCAACUCCUCCCACCUCAGCCCGGAUGAGAACUUGUCAGUGUGCUGGCAGACGGUGAGCGCCGAGCUGAUGUGUCAGAGUCCCCUGUUGGGGGCGCAAGUCACCUUCAGCGACUGCUGCUGUCUCUACGGCCAGGGUUGGGGCAUGGAGUGCGCGCUGUGCCCGCAAACCGACUCGGAGGACUUCAGCAGCCUGUGCAGCACGUUCCCUCCUGCCGUCUUCCCGGACUCGCCUGGACUGGAACCGCUCGGACCACAAAGAGGCGGAGGUCCCCGCUUCUUCCCCCCGUUCAGCAGCGACGCGUUGCCCUCUGACGUUCUCCCCGCCUCCGACUACGACGACUUCUCUCCAGUCGGAGGCGACGGGACGCCGCCGUACGCCUUCGGCCCGCCGGACGACGCGUACCGGGGAGUCGGGCGCUUUGAUGGCGAUUAUUACCCGGAGAGAGACUACGACGGGUCUUGGCUGCAGCCGCCGUUCCCCCGCCUGCCCUCGGACCCGCGCGCAGAGCCGCGGCAGAUGCCGCGGCCGCCCGUCCCCCGGCCGGACACGCCCCCUCUCAGCUUGGCUACGCCUCCGAGAGGAUCUCCUUACGAGGACGAGGCGGAGGAGGAGGAGGACUCUUGGGGACCCGGACCACCGUUCCCCCCUUAUGCAGGAGCCAACCCCAGGAGACUCUAUGAGCGGCGCUAUGCCGCGUACGCCGGCCUGAGCGCGGCAGAGGAUUGCGGGAUACUCGACGGCUGCCGGAACGGGACGUGCAUCCGCACGGACGAGGGCUACACCUGCGACUGUUACCGUGGUUACCAGCUGGACACAACCACCGUGACGUGCAUCGACGUGAACGAGUGCGACGUCGGCGCGGACGUGGACUUCCCGUGCGUCAACUCGCGCUGCGUCAACACGGACGGUUCGUUCCGAUGCGUGUGUCAGCGCGGCUACGUCAUGUCGCGCAGGCUCAACCACUGCGUGCUCGCCUAGACCGGACCCGACGGGGACGCUGUGGCUGCGUAGCGCACGCGAAUUGAAUUCAAGUCAAUCUGAGCUGGGCUUGAACGCCGACCGAACGAGCUGAAGGACUCCGAGCAAAGUUUGAACUUGAACCGGAGUUCGCCGUUAGCAUUUCUGUUCACCCAGUUAAGACGUUAAUUGAAGCAGAGUUAGCUUUAUUUAGCAUUGUUUGCGUUGUUGUUGUUUUUUCAACCACGACACUAAAUUAGCACCAAAGAUGAAUCGGCAAAUGCGCGUUUUUCAAUUCAGUUUGUCAAUUUGUGACACCAAAAGCCCUGCCUGAAAUGUUUUAUACAUUUCCACGAUGGCCUAAUUGUGUCAGACCAAACAUUUCAAAGUUCAUUUUUCGCUUGAUUUGAAGACGACGAAAAAAUCGUCUCGUGGUUAGCGACAUUAUUUUGUAGCAAUAUACGUUUAUACACUCAAUCAGCUGUUUUCUCACAUUAAUGACAUAAUUCAACAAACGCUUUUGGUUGGUUUGUAUUUUUCUAUUAUUUAGUAUCUUUUUAUUACUUUAAAUACGAGUGAGUGUGUGUGUGAGUGUGAGUGUGUGUGUUUGUGUGUGUGUGCUUUGUGCGGGCACCUAAAGACAACAGCUUCCAUACUGUAAAUAUUUCAAAUUCACAAAUCAGAUCCUGUCAGUGUUUCAUUGUGAGUAUUAAUUUUAAAAAACGUUGUGCACUAUAAUAAGCGCCGGUAUGUUCAUCUUUUAUACAGUCUGAGCUACUUUAUUGUAUAUUGUUUAUAUGACAAGAAAAGAUAUUUGCACACAGGUAAACAAGUUUGUCCGUUUGUUUGUGUGCGAUGUGAUGUGUGGACAAAAAAAGAAGCAACAAAUGGAUUCAUUAGCCGAUCCUUUCGAGGGGCUCGGAGCACGUUUUUCUUUCGAAAUCCAUGAAAGAUGCUUGAAGUGCUGGGAGACUUCCAACAAUACACUGCUCAAUUGUUGACAUAUAGCAAAAGCGUCCUGCUUUUGUGACGUCACGAGGCUGGCCCGUAUACUUUCUACUUCCCGCAAUAUCGGGACGAAGUGACGUCAUCGUUUGCCGACGCCGCUCAGUUGUGAGUUAGCUGCGCUUUGCUUCCGUAACGAGGCCCGUUUACCACUCCGGCGUGCACUUAGCGAGCUAAUAACGGCGGCUACACCCGGACACAACAGAUAACGGAUGGAUUAUUCACAAACAAUCAAACCGAUAUCUUAACGAUUAUUGCCCGAUUGCAAUUUGGCGCAAGCUGAUCUCCAAAGGAGCUGCAGGCCAGCGCGUGUCUGCAUUCCAAAGCAAAUAUGUCAGCGCAAAAGUCCGCACACACCUGCAGCGCCACGUCUAUCCAGCCAAUUCUGCACAAUAAAUGUCGUCCGUUGUGAUAACACGUGCCAUGUCCUUCUACGAUCCGUAUUUCCAAAAGUUACGUUUAAUUUGUUAUGUGCUAGGCCCUCGGGACAAUUCGCUGAAUUCACACACACACGAAGUCUCGGUGAGUUUCUGGCUUUUAUUCGACACUUUUGGGUGAAGGAAUGUUGCCGCUGGCGCCGGUGGAACAAAGCGGCGAGCUAAAUGCUAACGUCGAAGGCUCACGGUGGUCCGCGCGCCUGCUGGGACGAUGAGCGCCUCUUCUAUUUUUUGAUGAGGUUGUUAGCUUUCUGCUUGGCGGUCUCGAUGCGCGCCACGUUCAGAAUGGCCUGCGCAAACACGACACGAACCACAAACGAGAAACUUUGAACAUCAUCCUCAGCAAACAAUCAAUGGAAAUUCAUCUGUUUCAACUUCCCCCGCAAACAAACAAAACAUUUGCUCAUGUGUGUUUCAACGACAAAAAUAGUACUCUAUAAUAUUAUCCUUUCUAAAGACAUGGCUCAUUUUCAUAUAAUUUGAUCAAUAAUGGUAAAGACAUACCCCCACUGAAUUUCCUUUUGAAAAUCCAUUCAUUUUUUCCCACAAAUAUGUCCGUGAGUUACACGUUUUUCAGAUCCACAAAUAUUUGUAUUGUGUAAAUAAUUUUGAGACAAAUCUCUCCCCAUAUUUUUUGGUAGCUUUACUGUAAUACACAGCUGCAUGCAUCCAGCGCACCACAGUGCCCCCAGGCGGCCAAGGCGCGUACAGCAGGAACAGCAGAUAGUCAUGGCUUUGUAUAAAAAGACACAAAACGCUUUUUUUUCUCCCUGACCGUCUGACAUGAAAUUAGACUAAAAUUUUUCUUGUUUUAGGUUAAUUAGAUAACCGAAAUUAUUUCUAUUUGCAAAAUGCCACAAUAUUGAGUGAUUUUUUUAAAAAAAACAAUUGUUUUAAACAAAUAUAUUUAAUAGCCAAUACAGUCGCCCCAGGCGUGCCAAUGUUUCUCGUCAUGGCUGUAUUUAUUUUUAUUAGGUUUUGUAAUGUCAAAUUUCUUACUGAUUUAUUUUUUCUGGUUGUUCUAUUAAUUAAAAUAAAUUUAAAGUAGAGUUUUGGUAGUUAAAUGAAUACAAAGUUUCGAAAUCAAUGUACUCGUGUUUAGAAAUUGCGAUUUCAACAUAAAUAAAAAUAAUCGUGAUCAUUACUUUUUCCAUAGUCGCCGAGCCCAAGUUUCAAUUAGCCAUUGGCGAGGUGGUGAACGGCCAGCGCGAACCCUGCAUCAACAAAUAAUGCACAAUUUAAAAUCAAGUUUUUAUAUAAAGGCGGCAGUCCCAAAAUGACCGUUUUCCUGUGAAGACAUUUUGCGUUAUUUACACCAUACAAAUAAAUAAACACGUAAUCGUAUACGACGAUAUCUGUUCUUUACAUACGCCGGCCAUCUCUGCAUCUCCUAGGGGCUAAGCCCCCCCCUGUCCAUAAUUCCUAGUGACGCCCCUGCAUAUGGAUAAAUAUGUACAGUAUGAGUUUGUGAAAGUGUAGCAACUAUUGCAUGUCUUUACCGUUAUUGCGAUUGUAACGGCCUGGGAUCAUUUAUGCACUUGUAUCCGCAGAGUUUGGAGCGCAACACGUGCAAAUUGUGCAACUCACACCAUUAUUUAGCAAGAUGUUUGUCUUUACUGUUAUGCAAGAAGUGUAUUUGAGUGGGCCACCACCAUUUCCUCUAUCAAUAAAGAUUGUCUUUACUA